UUUAUGACUUUACCUACGAUAAUAUGAAGAUCUAUUUUUAUCUUACACCCAGCGUGUGGUAUGUAGUAUUUGUUUCACGAUAAAGCCUAUACUCAAGUCAACUGUCUCAAUCUACUUACAAUUCAGAUGAAGCAUGCAAGUUUAUCCAAUUGUUAUAUGGACUCUACGCUAAGUAGUUGUUAUACACUGUACAGUGUAGGUUUGAACGUCGAAAAGUAGAGGUGCAUUAAUCGAUUUAAGUCUAUUGUGGUUUCAUCACAUAUAUAUUUUAUAGUAAAACAGGUUUUUGAAGACUGAUUUUGUAGCGUAGAAACUAUCUUCUCGAACUUAUUACACUGAACAAUGGAAAAUUGAAAAAGUGUAUCAUUCUUACUCUGAAUAACCUGUGUCAUAUCUUGAUUCUUAGACUUUCAAAUGAGUUUGUUUUAGAACAAAGGUAAAUGUGGAAUAUAAAAACUUUAUAUGAGAACGAUAUGUCAGAGGGAACGGAAGUCUUCACAGUUUGUGUUUAAUUAAGAACUUAAUGUUUUUUGAAAGUUGUUGGUGUUUUUAUUUGGAAUUGUGUUUAUGCGUUAGGCUUGAAAUCAAAGUUAAAAAAAGAGACUGGAAAAAAUCGAUGAAUUAUAUCAACGCCUUUGAACUGUUUUGAAAUUGAAAAAAAAAUGAAAUAUUACUUGGUGUUAUUUCUUUGCUGUAAUGUAGUGUUAAGUAAAGUUCCUGAAGGAUUGAACCUGGAAAAACAUCUACACAUGAGAGAAGAAGAACUAAAUCUAGUCAAAACCAUUGACAAUGAAAUCUUCAAGGAUGGGCCAUGGAAAUUAAUUCUUGACGCAGCACAGGAUUGCAACCUGCAAAAAAUGGAAGAACAAAUCGAUCAAGGCACGAAUAUUGAUAUCAAAGACAACAAUGGAAGGACAGCACUUCAUACGGCUGCACGGCAGGGUUGCGAACAAGUUGUAUAUUUUUUGGUAGAAAACGGUGCUAAUGUCAAUACUAAAUGUGAUAAAGGAUGGACAUCGCUUCAUUGGGCUGCAUAUAAUGGUAAGGUGAAUAUAGCUCAAGUACUAAUUACACACGGAGCGGACAUGAAUGUGGGAGAUAUUAACGGUUUAACCCCAUUGCAUUUAGCUGUACAUCAAAAUCGUGAAAAGAUGGUGCAUUUCUUCAUAUCCAAAGGCGUGGCUAUGAAUGUGAAGUGUCGACGAGGUUGGACGCCAAUUUUUACUGCUAGCUUCAAAGGCAAUGUGCCGAUUGCGAUAUUGCUAAUUCAAAAUGGAAUGAAUGUAGACGAUACAGAUGAUGAUAAAUGGACACCGCUUCAUGUGGCUGCCUACGAAGGUUAUACACUUAUCAUGAAGCUACUGGUAAGGAAAGGAGCGAACGUAAAUGCUGUAGAAAUUGACAAAUGGACGCCGCUGCACUUAGCAGCACAAGAAGGUAAUGAUGAAGCUGUGGAAGCACUUCUCAAAUGGGGAGCACACGUUGAUCCAAUAACCAUGGACGGUCGAACGCCUUUGUUCAUAACAUUAUUGAAAGAUCGUUCAAUAAAAUAUGUUUCAUCAUAUUCAACAAUUUCCAGAGGUCGUGAAGAAAUGGUGGAGCUACUUUUGAUAUAUGGCGCAAAUCCGAAUUUUAAAUACAUGGAAAGCUGGUCACUUUGCCAUGAAGCUGCUGAAAAAGGUAAUGAACGUAUUAUCAAAUUGUUGAUAAAUUACGGAGUAAAUGUCAACGUUCAAGAUUCCAAUAAAUGGACACCGCUUCAUAUAGCUACACAGAAUGGCCACGUGAAAGUCGUUGAGCUGUUGAUUAAAAACGGCACACUGAGCUACAAAGACAAAAGUGGGCAGUCGCCAUUGGAUUUGGCUUUGAUACGAGGUGAUGUGAACAUAAUCGAGUUAGUGAAAACGGUCCUAAGUCCUGCACAACAUGCGUGUAAAAUCUACUUGAAACUGCCAAUAGACCGAGUUCUGGGAGGUGAAGCGGCCGGGCCUGCGGAAUUUCCAUGGAUGGCAGCGCUGGGCUAUCGCAGUGCAAAUGAAAAAGUGACUUUUGACUGUGGCGGUACCGUUAUAUCUGAAUUUUUCAUAAUGACAGCGGCUCAUUGUGCAAGGCAAUCUCGUCCACCUAUUGUAGUUCGAUUGGGAAAACUAACACUGACCGAUGAUGACGAUCCAAAACUGGCCAAUUUUCAAGUUCAAGAAAUCAUACGGCAUUCAAACUAUUCGUUCUUAACAAAACGAAAUGACAUUGCGUUGAUUCGUGUGGGAAAACGUAUAAAUUUUACAACUGAAAUUGUGCCGGCUUGUCUUCAAACGGAUUUGCGCGAUGAAGGCGUUGAUGUGGAAUUGCUCGCAACCGGAUGGGGCACCACUGAUUCUGACCGCAUUGUUUUGUCGAAUAGCCUUCAAAAGACUCAAUUAACAUCGAUGCCACUAACCGAAUGCAAUAGAACGCUUUUUGAGCUCAAUCGGGAUGCAAAUCAAGCAGCUCUUCGAAAUGGCAUCGGAGGAGGCCAAUACUGUGCCUAUGAUCCACAAGCCAGAAAUGAUAGUUGUCAAGGGGACAGCGGUGGGCCGCUUCAAUAUUUCGAUGAAAACGAUUCAGGGAUUGCCACUGUUCUUGGCAUAGUGUCAGUUGGUUUUGGUUGUGGCACGGCACUUCCAUCUCUUUACACCAGGGUCGCUUUUUAUAUGGAUUGGAUUGAGCCUAUUGUUUGGCCAGCAGCCUAACCCCGCUUUCCUUGUUUCUUCAUGAAAUAUUAUAUCAAUUCAACGGACUUUCGAACUUUAAAAAUGAAAUAAAUUAAAAUGAUUACAAUCAUUAUUAUUUAUCUAGCUCUGAAUAUUCUUUUAAUAUGAAUUAUGAAAUAAAUUGAGUAAUUUUUUCAAUAGAAAAAAACUCAAUCAUAUUAAAAUAGUUUUAGGUAAAAGAUUUAUGCUACUAUUUUAUAAUAAUGCUCCCAAAUUUUUGAAAGAAAAAUUCAAUUUUAGAAUAGUUUUCACGUUUCAAAGUUUAUAUCGCCAGAAUUUAGGCAAAAUAAUUAAAAUUCGACCAAUAAAACUUUUAGUUUUUUUUACGUGUUCAGAUAA